AUGGACAAUGCACCGGCUAGUACUUUUGCGACACCGUCGCGUCCCAUUACUAGGGAGCAAUUUCACUCUCUAAGACAGAAAAUGGUAAAGGAAUCGCCGCGACUUUACAAGAAUAAGAUUCUGUCUGAUCCUUCCGAAAACACCGAGCGGAGAAUCCGUAGUGCUCCAGUAACGCCCAGGAACUAUGUUAGGGAAACUCGCGGAACACUUCUACGAAACACUAAUCUUGCAGAUCUAAACUCGCGACAGCUGGGUGAGCUAAAUGAUGAUCUGGUCAGUGGUAAAGAGAAACCGGUAUCUGGCGAAUUGGGAAACAAGACAGCAGGCUUUAAUGCUGCUGAACCGGGGAACUAUGAAAACCCGGUGCUGAACAAGCUGGCUAGCAGAACAGUGAAUAAAGAGAUGGAGACUCAGAUCAUCGUGACUAACUUGAUCGUGCUGGCGAUAUGGGACCUGUUUACCAAGUUUCUGAAGAUAUUCCUUGAUUAUAGUCAUUUCGGCAAGGUUAUAGCGUUGCUUGCUCAAGAGAAAUUUUCGAAGUUGAAGCUGGGGAUAUGGAUAUAUAGACUGAAUCGCGAGUUCCCGUGGCUCGUGAAGAGAUUAUCCUGGUCGAACUUCGAUACUGUUUUCCAUCUUGUGGUGGCUUAUAACGUAUUGGGAUCGUUAUGGAGACUUUUCUCGAAGGUUAAGGUAAGCGAUCUGAAUCUAAACAGCUCUCAAAGGGAGCUCCUAGGAUUACGAUCUAAUGACGAGUUUGCUGACUCGCACGCCUCAAUCUCUUCCAACAAGAAGCCGCAUGUAAUACUGGAUCAAAACAGGCAAAUCCCAAGGGCUAUAGAGGAUGGUACGCAACAGAACCCUUCAGUUCCAGCCACGCCCUUCCUAUUCAAGUCGUUGGAGACUCCACUGAAGGCAAAACAAAGAGAACAGAGCCGGCAGCAACAACGAACACAGCUGGACCUGCAGAGACAGGCACAAAGUGCAUCUGUGAGUAAAGUGAAUGCUUUCGGUUCCAACUUCGACAAGACAGAAUCGAGGCCCGUGCCCUGGACCACGUCACAGAUCAGCCCCGCAGGUUACAUUCCGAGUAGCAAAUAUGCAUAUAUGAUGAGCUCGCCUAGUCCAAGGAAAAGAAUGUAG